AAUACUUUUAACAGAUCCUUUUCGGUUUUGCGUUGUGCGAGGUGAUCGAGUUCAUAUUUAAACUUAAGCUUGAAGUCGAUACAUAAAGUGAAAACAAAAUAAUUUGCUCUUCAAAAGCAAGAAACGUCACGAAAAGGAAAAACAGCUUCUAAAUUUGCAAAGCUAUAGUGCAACUUGCCUGCAAGCCCUUAACCAAAUUUUAAAAAAAGAAAACAUCAACAUGUCUGACUGGGAAGAUGAGGUUGUUGAGCCCUUUGUUGAUACUAACGGCGCCCGCGGUGGAGAUUGGAGCGAUGAUGAGAACAAGGGCAAAAGCUUCAGCGGCGGUGCUGAAGAUGGCGGUGCUGGAGGCGGCGGCGAUGGUGGAGGCGGCGGCUACCAAGGACGAAAUCCAAAUGGGUUCGGAAGGGGGUUCAAAAGGGGCGACGCAGGCAGGGGAGAAGAAACUGGAGGUUAUCGAGGAGGAAAUCGAGAUGAUGAUGCAGGGAGAUUCCGCGAAGGAGAGGGAGACUUUCGCGGUGGACGUCGCGAAGGAAAAGUCGGCUUCCGCGGUGCAGAAGGCGGCUUCCGCGGUGGACGUCGCGAAGAAGAAGGCAGCUUCCGCGGUGGACGUCGCGAAGAAAAAGGCGGCUUCCGCGGUGAAGAAGGCGGCCUCCGCAGUGAAGAAGGCGGCUUCCGCGGUGGACGUCGCGAAGAAGAAGGUGGCUUCCGCGGUGAAGAAGGCGGCUUCCGCGGUGGACGUCGCGAAGAAGAAGGCGGCUUCCGCGGUGAAGAAGGCGGCUUCCGCGGUGGACGUCGCGAAGAAGAAGGCGGCUUCCGCGGUGAAGAAGGCGGCUUCCGCGGUGAAGAAGGCGGCUUCCGCGGUGAAGAAGGCGGCUUCCGCGGUGGACGUCGCGUAGAAGAAGGCGGCUUCCGCGGUGAAGAAGGCGGCUUCCGCGGUGGACGUCGCGAAGAAGAAGGUGGCUUCCGCGGUGAAGAAGGCGGCUCCCGCGGUGGAAAAGGGGGCUUCCGCGGUGGACGUCGCGAAGAAGAAGGUGGCUUCCGCGGUGAAGAAGGCGGCUUCCGCGGUGGACGUCGCGAAGAAGAAGGUGGCUUCCGCGGUGAAGAAGGCGGCUUCCGCGGUGGACGUCACGAAGAAGAAGGCGGCUUCCGCGGUGGACGUCGCGAAGAAGAAGGUGGCUCCCGCGGUGGAAAAGGGAGCUUCCGCGGUGGACGUCGCGAAGAAGAAGGCGGCUUCCGCGGUGAAGAAGGCGGCUUCCGCGGUGAAGAAGGCGGUUUCCGCGGUGGAAAAGGCGGCUGCCGCGGUGGACGUCGCGAAGAAGAAGGCGGCUUCCGCGGUGAAGAAGGCGGCUUCGGCGGUGGACGUCGCGAAGAAGAAGGCGGCUCCCGCGGUGAAGAAGGCGGUUUCCGCGGUGGACGUCGCGAAGAAGAAGGCGGCUUCUGCGGUGAAGGUGGCGGCUUCCGAGGUCGGCGGUACGAAAACGAGGAUGCUACGGAACUGCCGCCGAUCCCAUCGAGCUGCGAUAAGGAUGAGGUGGGCGCAUUCAUCGAUCAGCUGGACCUGAGCAAGUACACGACCAGCCUAGCAUUGAUUCGGAAAUUACGUGACUAUUUGCUGACUGCAUUUAAGGCUUUGGUGAACCAAGCAUGGGCUUCUGUCGUGAAAUUAACUCAAGAAAAGCGUGUCCAAAAGGCACAUCAGAUACGGGAAACAACAGAUAUGAUGAAUCGCCUUAUGGAGGACAUGGGCCGAUUGAUUUGUGAGGGCGAACAUGAGGAAGCGAAUGGGAUUGGACAGUUUCAAAACAUUGGUGCGGAUUGCAGAGCUGAUUUGUCGCAAUGGAGGAAUUUGCAGCAAAUUGUGGUGCCGCAACCUUCGGAGAUCAAAAAUGGACAAACAAACAGGACAAGCGGUACUGAGGACGCUCGAUCAGGAGGUUUAACCAAUGGCGAUGACUUAACCGAAAUACAAAGCGCCGCAUACGCCGUGUAUCAUCAGGUUUUUGAUCGAGGUUACCAAACCGGUCGACGGCUGUAUGAUGAUAAUCAAGGAGCAUUGAGAGAAGAUUCCAUUCCAACAGAAGACCGAGAACACCCAGAAAAUAAUCAAGUGGAUGGAUCAACAUAUGGAGUGACUAGAUUUCUGCACUGGCUAAGUGAAAACUUUGUCACUCGGCAUGAAAUAAGGGCAGUACGUUUUGGCAGUCCGCAAAUGGUUUUUCAAUCGUAUGCCUGGCCAGAAUCUCCGAAGCAGCACAUUUCGACGGUCCAUCAAAAAGGCAUAUUUUAUUCUCAGCCCUUAAUUAGGACACGCAUAAAAUCCACUGUUGCGAGCGAGCCAAACAAUUCGAGUAGUGGUCAGCUCAGCAGUAUGGUAAACUUGGCACGACAUCAGCGGUCGCAAAAUCAGGAAACGCCAGAUGGAGUUUACGUUAGCCGCUACAAUGCAACUGGAGAUGAGGAGACUCCCUGCUCCGCAACUGUAGUCCCGGGCAGAGUAGUGGCUCUGCGUGCUUCGAGCACCCCAAAUGAACAUAGGAGCGAUCCAGGCUUGUCUUUUAUACCCAAUUUGACUUACGAAGAUGGGACCAUGUCAUCAUUGGCAACAGGCGGCGCUGCAUCGACACCGUUGGCUCCAUCACUGCCAGGAGAGCAUUCAUUGGGGUUAGAAAUGGAUAGCGGCACUGUGGUGCUACCAGCUGAUGUGGAUGAAACCCGUUUAGUCGGACAUCCAGGAUCAACAGUGGUGCGUUCUCGGCUUGGAGGCGCUCCAGCAUCAACCCCUUUACUAUCAUUCCGACCUAGACUGCCGGUCAUUGACGAAGAGCAUCAUCUACGCUUUACCAGGGUGUCACGCGAGCUGCAGAUGAGUAUUGGUUUCCCGCCGGAAGAGACUACACUAAGCCAGCAACGUGAGUGGGGCUCGAUUUUCCGUCCACGUGAUGAAAUGGUUAACUAUGCCGAAGGUCCACCUCCUCGCCAAACACACACGGCUCGUCGUCGCUUGCGUACACGCAGACGACGUCAUCGUAUCGCAUCAGCAGCCAGUCCGCCACUAACGCCGGAAAGAAUUGUUCGUCGUGAGGAAGCCUUCCAAAGCAGCCGACAUAUUGCAGCCACUUUUAUGUCCAGCUUGCUACAAAGCGCAGCUGGAGAAGUGGCGUCUUCAGGUCUGGCAAUAACCCGUUCAGUGGAAGAGAUAACGACAUCAAUCCAUAUCACACGAAAUGCACUACAGGAGGAGGCACCACCGACCACAGAAGCAAUCACCUCCCUAGAAGUUGCCCAGGCAACAAGAUAUUCGGAUUCUGGGGCUUGUAUGCAAUCUGCAGCGUUCUCUCAAGAUCUUCCUGUAGUAGCUCCUUUGGAGAUAUCCGGAAAUGCAUCAAUUGACCAAGCAUCGUUUGAUCAAGCUUUGGCCAUAUUACCUCCCAUAAAUUCCACUCCAAUAGGUCAGCAUCCAAUUGCUGGGUUUGGACCUAAAACCGAAAUUGAAAUGAAACCCCAAAUAAUGAACAUCUCUAAUAUGAUGAAUGCUUCGGUUCCACCUAUGCCAAUGGAAGUCGACGAAGUUCCACUGGAGGUAUCAAACACUUUGGCCAAUAUGAGCGAUCAUGCUUAUGUGACUGAUAUACAGAUACUACCGUCGUUGCAACUCAAUUCUUUGAAUAUUGUUAGCACAGAUACUACCAAGAAUGCAGUAAAUCUCGCCCCAUCGACAUCAACAAAUGAUUUGCAAACGCCAAGUGACCGCAGAACAUCAAUGCAAAACCAAUUGUAUCGAGUGUCCAUGAACGACUUGGCAUAUAUUUCACAACACGCUAAUGUGGUUCGCCUGAUGGUGGAUCGUCAAGAGGAACUAGGGGCACAGGUUAGCUCCCUGGGGCCUUUUAAGGAAAAUAGCCAAGGCUCGCUACAUUUUAGUACUAUGCCCGCUGUUAAAGUCUACGAUCCACGCAUCAUUCAGAACAUUCAGAAGGAUAAGAUGAGAGUAGUUCAUGGGCUCUUCGGUGCUCUUAUCAGGCAGUCCCAGGUUGAUAUGCACAAUGCGCCAUUCAUUCGCAAUCGCAAAGAUGCGUUGAUGGCAUAUCGCUUUUUACUUGAGCUUAAGACUGCAAAUAUAAUAAGUCUUAGCUCGGAUGGUAGAUUCUUCGGGCUGCUGUAAUCAAAUAAGAAGCAUUUUGAAUUUUAAAAAUAAUAAAAUAAAUAAUUAAAUUAAGUUGAACGUGGUGGUAUUGGAAGCAUCGCCAUUUCUUAUUUUUCGUUGACAUUAACUCAUUGUAUUGUCC